ACACGUUAAUAAUUUUCGCGUUCACAAACAGAAAACUUGGCCUUGACAUGAAAAUCACUUUCAUCUUGACAAACUGAAAAUGGCAACUUCAACUUCCACAAUCCAAUCAGAUAUUCGUUCUGCUCUUCACAUCGCUAAUCUCAUCAUUAAUCCUAGUUUAAUCACCACACGUGCCUCCUUCUCCGCCUAUGCGACGCGCCGGCCUUUUUCUCCGCCUGGAUUAGGAUUGCUAUCCUAUUCUAAAACCACGUCUUUUCGACUCAGAGCUUUCUCCUCUGGUUCAAGUUCUACUGAGCGUGCUGUGAAGGUUUCGGAUAAGCCUCCGGUUUGUACCGCCGAUGAGCUACACUAUGUCUCCGUUCCUAAUUCCGAUUGGCGACUCGCUCUUUGGCGCUAUCAUCCUUCUUCUCAGGCGCCGACUCGGAAUCACCCACUGUUGCUAUUAUCUGGAGUCGGGACUAAUGCUAUUGGUUACGAUCUCUCGCCAGGGUCUUCAUUUGCAAGACACAUGUCUGGUCAGGGAUUUGACACUUGGAUUCUUGAAGUUCGAGGUGCUGGAUUGAGCAUACAGGCAACAACUCCCAAAGAGAUUCAGCAGUCUGCCCAUGUAGUGUCUGAACAGAUGGAAGCGGUGGCAAAGACUAUAACUAAUGGAGCUUUGUCUACUGGCCAGCAGCCAACUGAUGCUCCCAGAACCUUGCCUAAUUCUGAAGUUUCUAUUGUCAAGGAAGAUCCAACAGGUUUACCAACAGCAUGGGAUGAAUCACAGCUGGUAACGGAAUUGACAGAAACUUUUAUGCGAUUAUCAGAGAGACUCUCUGGAUUCCUCAAUGAAGGCCAAUCAAGGAUCAUGUCUGCUAAAUUAUUUGAUCAGAUAGCAAAACUUCUAGAAGAUUCUCAGUUAUAUGGACGCUUUAAUGAGAUAAGGGGAAAGCUUUUGAGCUUGCUGGAAGCAAGAGAAAACUCAGUUAUUGCUGGUCAAAUCAGGGAUCUGAGUGAAAGACUUGUAAAAAUUUUUGACGAAGGCCAAAAAUCUGUUUCACCGCAGUUGUUUGACUUGCAAGAGCGUCUUUCAGCAAUCAUAGAAGAUUUCCAGAAACAGCUUGACUUGAUCGUGAAGUAUGACUGGGAUUUUGAUAAUUACCUGGAAGAGGAUGUUCCUGCUGCGAUGGAAUACAUAAGAUUGGAGAGCAAGCCAAAAGAUGGUAAAGUUCUUGCAAUUGGACACUCCAUGGGAGGUAUCUUGCUUUAUGCAAUGCUGUCACGUUGCGGUUGUGAAGGAAAAGACUCUGGCUUGGCUGCUAUUGUUACUUUGGCAUCAUCACUUGACUAUACAUCGUCAAAUUCAAGACUCAAAAUGCUUUUGCCCCUUGCAGAUCCCGCUCAGGCUCUUAAUGUGCCUGUUGUUCCUAUGGGGGCAUUAUUGUCAGCAGCAUAUCCUCUUUCAUCUCGUCCUCCUUAUGUGUUGUCUUGGCUUAAUCAUCUGAUAUCAGCAGAGGACAUGAUGCAUCCAGAGUUGUUAGAAAAGCUUGUCUUGAACAACUUUUGUACUAUACCUGCCAAACUUAUCUUGCAGCUUACAACAGCUUUUCGAGAUGGUGGGUUAUGUGACAGGAGUGGUAAAUUUUUCCACAAGAAUCAUCUACACAAAACCAAUGUGCCUGUGUUAGCCAUAGCUGGAGACCAAGAUCUAAUUUGCCCACCUGAAGCUGUAGAAGAAACUGCUAAGCUUAUUCCCAAGCAUUUGGUUACCUAUAAAGUGUUUGGAGAGCCCGGAGGUCCACAUUAUGCACACUAUGAUUUGGUGGGAGGACGAUUGGCAGUAGAGCAAAUUUAUCCUUGCAUAAUCCGAUUUCUUAGUCAACAUGACUGACGUGAUUAUCUAGGCUGUUGAACUUCAUCAUUUUCACACACAAUUAAUAGAAGCAGCAAGCGUGAUUUUUACUAGUUCAUGAAUCUCUGUCUUGGAUGGCAAUUAUGUCCAGCCUUGUUGAAGCAAUUCAUGAAGUUUGCAUAUGCUUUAAUACCGAUCUACAAAAAAAUUCAUUAUGAAAAUCAAGGGGGAAGGAAAGAGUAAAUUGAAGAUUAAUUCUCUCAUUUCUACAUUCAACGGCAUCUGGAUCAAGAUCAAAUGUUGUCAACUUGAUCGCAACUCAAGGUCAAAUUAGGUUGCAUAAUGUUCUGUUCAAGAAUAUGUAUUAUUCCUUAUCCAAUGCUGAAUUCUGGUUGCCCUUGCAAAAUUGUGUUCUUUCAGUUUCUUAGUGUUGUAAUACAUCCUUACACCUUAUGUCUGUAAUUAGUGCACUUGUUUUAUCUCUCACUAAUGCCAAUUUCUUCUGAUCAAAA